ACUGCCCGCGCUCCCGCAGCUUGUGCGCAUGUGCGGAAGGGAUCCGAGAAGUUUUGCUGCUGCCGCUAAUGUGAUGGUGUCUGAGCUGCUCCCCGAAUCUCCCGUCACGUGACAGCAAAGUGGGCAUGUAACAUGGUGGCAGAGUGCGUGUAACUGUCUAGCACCUCUGGUUUCUGAUUGAUCACUUGAGAUGAUGAAGGUGCUAGUCUGCAGGCUAACUCAUUGAAAGGUGCUUUUCUCCAUGCGUGGCUUUCUCAUAUUAUUCUACUCUGUCGGAUGAAUGGCAUAGUUAACAGAUGAAAGUGACAUAGUCACCAGUUAGCCGGACCCUUGGGAAAGGGUUGCUGGAAGAGCUUGGAAAUGGCUGGAAAGCCAGAAGAUGAUGAGCCGCUCUUGCUCACGUUGGAGGAAAAUGGAGGUUGCGCUGAGCUUCCUGCUGAGGACAAUAACAGUGAUGUACCAUUGGCUAUAGAUGGAUAUGAAUGCCACACAGACACCAUGGAGCAAGUAUAUGUGCCAGAGGAUUUAGAUCAGACCUGGGAGAACCGAUAUCAGGAGGCUUCCAUUUACCUCCAGGAGGGCAAGAAUAAUGACAAAUUUUACACGCACCCCCGGGAUCCUGAGGCACUUUCUGCAUACCUCUUUGCUCACAAUCAUAUGUUUUACAUGCUGGAACUGAGCACUGGACUUUUGUUGCUGCUGCUUUCUCUGUGUGAGGCUCCGGCUGUCCCUUUUCUCCGCCUUGACAUUUAUGUCCAUGCCACCUUGGAGUUGUUGGCCCUUGCAUUGGUUGUAUUUGAGCUUGGCAUUAAAAUGAGAUGGCUUGGGUUCCAGACAUUUAUGAGGCAUCGCAGAACUAUAUUGAAGAGUUGUGUGUUUCUGCUUCAGUUUGUUGAAGCCAUUGUGGUGCUAGUGAGACAGACCUCCCAUGUGCGGGUAACAAGAGCCCUGCGCCCCAUUUUCUUAGUUGACUGCAGGUAUUGUGGGGCAGUACGAAGGAACCUGCGUCAGAUUUUCCAGUCUCUGCCUCCUUUUAUAGACAUUCUAAUUCUACUCUUAUUCUUCAUGGUCAUUUUUGCCAUCCUGGGAUUUCACUUGUUUUCUCUUAAUCCAUCUGAUCCGUAUUUCAACACUCUGGAGAACAGUCUUGUCAGUCUGUUUGUGCUCCUGACAACUGCCAAUUUCCCUGAUGUCAUGAUGCCGGCAUAUUCUCGAAACCGGUGGUCCUGCGUCUUCUUCAUUGUGUACUUGUCUAUUGAGCUAUAUUUAAUCAUGAAUUUGCUCCUAGCAGUUGUGUUUGACACAUUCAAUGACAUUGAGAAAAAGAAAUUCAAGUCCCUACUUCUGCACAAGCGCACAGCUACCCAGCACAGCUAUCAGCUGCUGGUCAAUCCACAGGGUCCCCCGGGAAUUUCCUUUCAGCACUUUAAUGGAAUGAUGAAGUUCUACAAGCCCCGAAUGUCUAACCGUGAUCGAUAUCUAUGCUUCAGGGCCUUGAAGCAGAGCAGGACUGACAAUCUCCGAGUAAAAGACUUCUACCAUUUCUAUGAAGUGGUGGAUUUGAAGUGGAAGGUGCAGCGUGUCCGUGAGCACUGGUUUGAUGACCUGCCUCCUACAGCGCUACUUAUAUUUAAAGGUUUUAACGUCUUGGCGAAUUCCAGAGCAUUUCAGUAUGCUGUAUAUGUUGUAGUUGCUAUAAAUGGAUUCUGGAUUUUGAUUGAGACUUUUAUGGUGAAAAGUGGUAACUUCUUUCCACAAGGUGUUCCUUGGAGCUACAUUGUUUUCCUUACAAUUUAUGUGUCUGAAGUGCUCGUGAAGGUUACUGGUCUGGGCCCACUGAAAUACUUCACAUCAGGGUGGAACCUGUUUGAUUUCUCUGUGACAAUGCUGGCACUGCUGGGACUCCUGGCCUUGGCCUUUAACGUGAAGCCGUUUUAUUUUAUUGUAGUGUUGAGACCCCUGCAGCUGCUCAGGCUUUUCAAAUUGAAGAAGCGUUACAGAACAGUGUUGGACACCAUGUUUGAGUUGCUCCCAAGGAUGGCCAGCCUGGGCCUAACUCUGCUUAUUUUCUACUAUUCCUUUUCCAUUGUGGGCAUGGAGUUCUUCUCAGGGGUGCUGACCCCCAACUGCUGCAAUACUAGCACAGUGGCAGAGUCUUACCGCUUUCUGAACCAUACUGUGGGCAACCAAACCCAAACUGAGCAGGGUUACUACUACCUAAACAACUUUGAUAACAUCCUCAUUAGCUUUGUGACGCUAUUUGAGCUGACAGUGGUGAAUAACUGGUACAUCAUUAUGGAAGGAGUCACUUCCCAAACCUCGCACUGGGCACGACUAUACUUCAUGGUGUUUUAUAUUGUCACCAUGGUUGUAAUUACCAUCAUUGUUGCUUGCAUCUUGGAUGCCUUUGUAUUCCGAAUGAAUUACAGCAGAAAGAACAAAGAUGCAGAAAAUGAAAAAGGAAUAACAUUUGAGGAAGAAGUAGAUAGAGAAGAGCUGACACUGAUUCUCAAACAUGCACAAAGCAGUGAUGAGAAAAGUCAACUACGGAAACUGCUGUCUCAUUUACAGUCCACCCAGGCUGCAUCAGUCCGGUUUGUGGGUCGAAGAUCUCAAACUAAGAGUGAUUUGAGCAUGAAGAUGUAUGAAGAAGAGAUUCAGGAAUGGUACAAGGAGCAUGCUCAGGCACAGAGGAAGAAGAUGGUGGAGCUGCAGCCUGCCCAGGGUGUACUGCGACCUCGUUCCAGAACUGUUAACUAAGCAUCUUCACACCUGUUACUUGUAUGACUAUGCAAUCACAUCAGUAUUUUAUUCCUUGACUCUGCCAUGUGAGCUAGUGACCGGGUUACUAAGCCAGGGCUGUGUGAGAAGUAUACGCCUCUAAUAGAAGUCUUGCAUCUCUGCUGACCACAGUCUGGUGAAGGACUGUUAGUAAGUCCAAUUGAAAUAUUUCCAGGACACAUUAACUUACUUUAUUUUAUAUAAUCUAUUUUAAUGUUUGUUUUUAUAGGGUUAAUUUUCAACAUAGAUAAUGUGAUACACCAUCUAUAUUUGGGGACAACCUAUUUUUACAUAUAGUUUCCGAAAUUCCUAUUCUGUUUGGUAAGUUUUAUAUUGCUUCCAUAACAGUACAGAGUAAAUGGACACUCCCUCCAGUAUUCCCUUCCCAGUCAGGGGCAUCCCCUCUGCAGACAAUCAGGCCACACUUCUGUGAUGGUCCCCGCUGUAUAACUGAAUCACUACAUAGCUCUGUACAGCAGUGAAGAAGAAGAAGCACAUCUAUAUACAAAGCCUAUAUUUGUAACAUAUUAUUACUUUUCUUUUAUAAUAAAUGUUGCUAGUGGAGGUCA